GGGGGGGGGGUAGAGAGAUGGCAAUACGGUACUUCCUUCGGGAGGGAAAAUGUCAAUGUAUUCAGCACACAUAACCCCCACAUACUAUUAACAUUCACCAAGUGUGAAUUCAAACAAAAGUCACCAAAAUUAGAUGGGAAGGGAUCUGAAAUGUCACUUUCACACAUGCCGGGCUUGGAGAGCUGUGACAAAUUGGCUUCCUGUGGAUCCGGGCCGUCAAAACUGGCUUGGGACGUUCAGGUCUAAUCACCAAUUAAACUCGGCAAACACAGCGGAUUUGCGCAGGCCCUGGGAGAUCCAUUUCCUUCUUGCGAAUGAAGAGGGCCCCGGUCCAGCUCUUUUUCAUCUGACAAAAAAUGAGGAGGAAUUGCUGGCCAUCUCCCUACCGCUAAAGGAGGUCAGAGCAGGAAAGGCAGGCGGGCUCACUGGAGAGACCCGCUGGUUUCUCACUCCCUCUGCCCAGUCUGCCCAGGAAGGCAGGAAAAGCUCUAGCGGGACCAGAGCCGCUGGGGGCGGGGCCCGGAGGGCCGGUGAGCCUUGGGUCCACAGAACACAGACUUCUCUGUUUCCCAAACUGUCGUUCCCUCGCUCCGGGUGGCGAGUGAGAUCUCAGGGGUCACACUCACACAAACACACACGUAUGCAAAUUUAGCAUUCCCAUCAGCGCAUUUCAAGCCGUAACAAAUAUUUUAUUAUGGAAAGUUUUUAAGUCUACGCUAACUUCGUAAGAAUCCCACAGUGAGAAACCCAGGUAGGCACCGGCUAGCUUCUACCGUUAUUUUCUUAACUUGCUGUAUCACCUAUCAAUCCAUUUGCCUGUCUUUCUAUGGGUCUUAUCCAUUACCCUGAUUUUCUGAAUGCAUUUCAAGUAAAUUGCAGACACGUCUCCCUAAAUACUUCAGCGUCCGUGUUCACUAAAAUUCAAAAUUUGUUCCCAGGUUUUGUUUGUUGCUGUUGUUGUGGUGGUAAAAUGUAUAGGCAAAGAAAUACAUAAAUCUUGUGUAUAUUUGCUGUUUUGACAAAUGCAUGCACCUAUGUUAUGCAAACACUUAUCGUGACAGAGACGAUUACUGUGGCCUUUCUGCCUCUUCCCCAUCAAUCUUGGCCAGCCCCCCACCCUACCAUGACUCCCAGAGGCAAACACCUACCGUACCUACCCUGAUUUUCCACCACACACCUCGCCCCGUGUAUGAUGUGUGUACUCUUUGCAUCUGUGUACUUCAUUCUGUGUAAUAUGUUUGCAGUCAUCUGUGUUGCCGUGCAUGUGGAUAAUCCCUUCCUUUUUAUCAGUGACAAGUAUUCCACUGAAUAAAUAGACAGCAGUGUGUUUAUCCACUCCCCUCUGGAUUGAUACCUGGACAGUUUCAAAGUUGUGCCUAUUAUGAAUAAAGCAGCUUACAAUAUUCUUGUAUACGUUUUCCUUGUGUGUGUGCAUGUAUUUAGGUCUAUAUGUUUUCAUCUCUCGUAGGUAAAUACUACCCAGGUGUGGGAUUGCUGGGUCAGAAAGUAGAUGUAUGUUGAAUUUUCUAAGAAAUGGGGGCGCCUGGGUGGCUCAGUCGGUUGAGCACCCGACUUCAGCUCAGGUCACGAUCUCAUGGUUUGUGGGUUCGAGCCGCGUGUCGGGCUCUGUGCUGACAGCUCAGAGCCUGGAGCCCGCUUCAGAUUCUGCAUCGCCCUCUCUUUCUGCCUCUCUCUCCAUCUCUGUCUCUCCCAAAAGUAAAUAAACAUUAAAAAAAAAUUAAUUUUAAUUUUACAAGGACCAAACCUAUAAGCCACAUGUCCUUGAAUUAUUUUAGUGUUUCAGCAGUAUUGGCUGUGUUUUCCCACCUAUUCAGAUUCUUUCCGGUGAAUCUUUGUCAACAGUUUCUUUUAAAUACAAAUCAAUAAAUUCCAAAAAAAAAAAAACCCAAAACUUUAAAAAAUAAGUAAUAGAAGGGAACAACAGCAAAAUGACCAGACUUGCUCCUAGGAAAUUUUUUUCCUUCUGUGAAUUCAUAGGGUUCCUUAUUAUUAAAGUCCGUCUGAAUCAGAGGUUCUUUUAGAAAAAUUUGGGGAGUAAAAAUCUUUUCAUAAACUCCACCGAAGGAUGACAUACGUACAGAAAAGUGCAUCCAGAAUCAUCUUCGCAAACCGUACACAUCCGCGUCGCGGGCCUCCGGCUGGAGAAGCAGCAUGGCCCGCGCCAGGGCGGCCCCGGAGAUGGGCCACAUCGGGCAUGAUGAAAAUUACAAGUGCAAAGACAAGUGGAGGCCCCGCCGAGCUCACCGGGGCAUCCCACCGAACACCUAAGGGAUGCCCCCGCAACAGUGAAGGCAGACUCCCCCAUUAGAGGCCCUACUGUCCUCUCCCGGGGCUGUCUCGACCCCACACCUCCUCCGGCACCACUCCGGCCGCGUGGAUUUCGCCUCUACAGUCUCUCUCCCAACGCCGCGCGGCUUGCACCCGGCAUUCUGCAAGGAGAAGCCGUCGCUUUAGCUAAAACUCAUCACCGAGUCUCCCUCCGAGCGUCCUGGGGGCACGGUGGGGGGCUGGGGGAGCCCCACGGAAUAGAGCAGCCCCCGGCCUCCGCUGGGCCGGCUGAAACGCGAGAGGCCAGGGGACAAGCUGUGUCACUCCGGACGUGGGGCUACUCGCGCCUGGUGCGGGUGGUGUGUGUCAAUCAGAGAAACGGCAGCUACGCGCUGGGGCUGUUCUGGGGCCGGAAGGGGAAGGGCUUGCAGGCAGGAAGGGGGCUCGAGUUCCGGGGGGCACGGGAUAAGGCCUUCCCGGUUUCCGCCCUGAGCAGGAAGGGGCGCUUCCCCCCCAGCCCCGUCAGCCGAAGCACCGAAGGUCAGCGGUGUCGCAGGAGCCCCGCAGACCCAGAUGCCCCCCGCGCCCCACUCUGGGUUCCAGGCCCGCGGCCCCCAGUCGGGAUGAAGGCAGCAAGUGGCCUGUGCGGGCGGCGCACUGUCAUCUCGAAACCAGUCUAAUUGUGAGCACGGCAAUGAGAGCAAACUUCGGACAGUGCAUCCGAACACAGGAGGAGAAUAAGCUACUGCUGCUGUUUCUGGUUUUUGGCACAGGACACACGGCCCCAGUCGGACCCCACGUAGAAAUGAAAAGUAUGUUUCAGAACGUGCUGAGAACUCUGGGCUGAGCAACGUGCAAGGGGAAAGGAACAAGAUUCUGGACUGUCAUUUGCUUUGCUGGGAUGUGGAAUUUCUUUUGACGGGUUGAAUCAGGAGACAUGGCCAAACACACCCUCUCCACAUUAGAGGCAUUCCUGAUUUUCCUCCUUGUGAUGAUGACUGCUGUGACAGUAGCCCUCCUCAGCCUCUUGUUUAUUACCAGUGGGACCAUUGAAAAUCAUAAAGAUUCAGGCUUUCCGGUCACCCAGAGCCCCCCAGCCACGCUGGGCUCCACGGCCACUCAAGGCUCAACGCUCACACAUGGCUCCACAGCCACCCAGGGACCUCCAGUGACAACCACCCCAGAGCCUCCUCUAUUUCAGAACUUCAGUGGCUACCAUAUUGGUGUUGGGCGAGCUGACUGCACAGGACAAGUAGCAGAUAUCAGUUUGAUGGGCUACAGCAAAACUGGCCAGAAUGCACGGGGCAUCCUCACCAGGCUGUACAGCCGUGCUUUCAUCAUGGCGGAACCAGAUGGGUCCAAUCGAGUGGCGUUUGUCAGCAUCGACAUAGGCAUGGUAUCCCAACGACUCAGGCUGGAGGUCCUGAACAGACUGCAGAGUAAAUAUGGCUCCCUGUACAGACAAGACAACGUCAUCCUGAGUGGCACUCACACACACUCGGGGCCAGGAGGGUAUUUCCAGUAUACUGUGUUUGUAAUCGCCAGUGAAGGAUUUAGCAAUCGCACCUUUGAGUACAUGGUCACUGGCAUCGUGAAGAGCAUUGAGAUGGCGCACAAAAAUAUGAAACCAGGCAAAAUCUUUAUCAACAAAGGAAACGUGGAAGGUGUACAGAUCAACCGAAGCCCCUCUUCUUACCUUUGGAAUCCUCCGUCAGAGCGAGCCAGGUAUUCUUCAAAUACCGACAAAGAAAUGAUCAUCCUGAAAAUGGUAGAUUUGAAUGGAGUUGACGUGGGCCUUAUCAGCUGGUUUGCCAUCCACCCCGUCAGCAUGAACAAUACCAAUCACCUUGUCAAUAGUGACAACAUGGGCUAUGCAUCUUACCUUUUUGAGCAAGAGAAGAACAAAGGAUAUCUACCUGGACAGGGACCCUAUGUAGCAGCCUUUGCUUCAUCAAACCUCGGAGAUGUGUCCCCCAAUAUUCUUGGCCCACAUUGUGUCAACACAGGAGACUCUUGUGAUAACGUCAAUAGCUCUUGUCCCAUCGGUGGGUCUAGCAUGUGCAUCGCUAUGGGACCCGGACACGACAUGUUCAACAGCACUCAGAUUAUCGGAGGGAUCAUAUACCAGAGAGCAAAGGAACUGUAUGCCUCGGCCUCCCAGGAGCUGACGGGACCACUGGCCGCGGCCCAUCAGUGGGUGAAUAUGUCCAACGUCACCGUCUGGCUCAACUCCACCCACACAGCCCAAACCUGUAAACCUGCCCUGGGCUACAGUUUCGCGGCCGGCACAAUAGACGGGUUCGGGAGCCUCAACUUCACGCAGGGGACAACAGUAGGGGAUCCAUUCUGGGACACUCUUCGGGAUCAACUCCUGGGCAAGCCAUCUGAAGAAAUCAAAAGGUGUCAUAAACCAAAGCCAAUCCUUCUUCACACUGGAGAGCUGACAAAACCGCAUCCAUGGCACCCAGACAUCGUUGAUGUUCAGAUGAUCACCGUUGGGUCCUUGGCCAUAAUUGCCAUCCCUGGGGAAUUUACGACCAUGUCUGGACGAAGACUUCGGGAGGCCGUUCAAGCAGAAUUUGCAACCUAUGGGAUGCAGAACAUGACCGCCGUCAUUUCAGGCCUGUGCAACGUGUAUACACAUUACAUUACCACCUUUGAAGAAUACCAGGCUCAGCGAUACGAGGCAGCUUCUACAAUUUAUGGACCACAUACCCUGUCUGCUUAUAUCCAGCUCUUCAGGGCCCUUGCUAAGGCCAUUGCUACGGAUACGGUAGCCAACCUGAGCAGAGGUCCAGAGCCUCCAUAUUUCAAACAACUGAUAGCCUCAUUAAUUCCCAAUAUUGUGGAUAGAGCACCACUAGGCAGAAAUUUUGGGGAUGUUCUGCAGCCCGCGAAACCUACAUACAGAGUGGGAGAAGUUGCCGAAGUGAUAUUUGUAGGCGCUAACCCAAAGAAUUCAGCAGAAAACCGGACCCAUCAGACCUUCCUCACUGUCGAGAAAUACGAGGCCACAUCAGCAACGUGGCGGAUAGUACAUAACGACGCCUCCUGGGAGACACGUUUCUAUUGGCACAAGGGAUUGCUGGGUCACAGCAAUGCAACGAUACAAUGGCAUAUUUCGGGUACUGCCCAGCCUGGAAUCUACAGAAUGAGAUACUUCGGACACCAUCGGAAACAGGACUUUCUCAAGCCGGCCGUCAUACUUCCAUUUGAAAGCACUUCCUCCGCCUUUGAAGUUGUAACUAGUUAAUGAAAAGUUGACGAAUAAUUUAACGCGUGGCUGUCCUCCCUAAUUUAUAAAAAUGAUUUCACACGAAUGUAAACAAUUAGGAUGACUUCUAUAAUUGUCCCUGUUUGAGGACAGAUAGUUUCCUGUGAAUGGGACAGAGGUGUGUGUGUGUGUGUGUGUGUGUGUGUGACUGGUGGUCUAGAGCCUAACACAUGAUUUUCCUCGGGGCCUUGCAACUGUUUGAAGGGACAGUUCCCCUCGAUAAUAAAACCUCUGAAAAGUUAGUAAGAGUGGCUGAAGAUGUGUGAACAGUGGUUCAAGUAUUUAUUUAUAGAAUUAUUGAGUGUUAGGCUGGGAAAGUUUAAACAGCUCAUGUAGUUGGAGUCUUCAUUUUGCAGAUGGGAAUGAUGAAGUUUCAUGGAUUUAAGAUUCACAAAGGCUACAGGACCUCUCCCCCCAUCACACUUUUAAAAAAAAUAGUAUGUAAACAUCGACCAUAAAUGUAUAAGUCCAAUUAGAGGCAAUUGGUGUGGAAAUGAGCAUGUCAGCUUUUCUCUAUUUAGCAUAGCCUCUCAAAGCGAUUACCCUGGACUUGAUGUACCUGGUCCAGAGUUGUUGAUAUUGUUAAAUUAUUUCUGGCCUUCAGAGGCCAAGUACAGGAAAGUCAGACUUAGAAUAUUUUGAUCAUGCCCUGUGUUUCCCUAAGUGUCCUUAUCCCUCUGAAUUGUGUCUCCUCUCCUCAAGACUGGCUCUAAGUGAUUUUGACUGUUUUCACUAAUCAAAUUCAUCCCCAAAACCUAAGACUUGUCGUUGGUGUAGAUAUUAAAACAAAAGUGUUAGUGGAUUGGAAGUCAGUCCUCAAAGAGCAAGAUCUAAAAUUCAUUUAUCUGUUCUUUUAUCACUCACUUACUCGUGGACCCAUUCAAUCACACAGUAUUUAUUAGGGCCUUGAUAAUUAGUUAUCAUAUUUGAGAUGAAUGUGUAAGUGUCAAAAGGGGACCGUUGUGAAGAAGAAAAUACUCAACUGAGGAUAUCAAUUUUGGAAGGCAUUUAAAAAGCAGUAAUCUUCAAGUCCUAUCUCAUGUGUAAUCUGUGUUGGGUGCUCGAAUUUUGGGGGAAAGAGGCUCCAGACAAUUUGGACAAAGUUGGUUCAAAAGUAAUUCGAGGGCCUUAUGAAAUUCCCAGUCCAACGUCCCGAAGAAUGAGAUAGGACAAUCCGACAUUGAUUGCCUGAAAGUACCAAUUCCAUUUAAAAUUAUCCAAGUUAACUGGAGCUAGCUCCCAGGCUACAAAGGAAAUUUCCCAAACCCAAAUCAUGCUUUUUGUAUGAAUGUCAGAGCUUUAGCAUUUUAGGAAAAAAUCAACCUUAAUUUCAAAAACAAACUUUACAGCUUGAAAAUAGUAAUGAUGCUAAUCACGAUGAGACUGACAUUCAUCUAGCUGUGACUCAACAUGCCGUAUUGCAUUGGGACAAACCCGGAACGCUUUUUGAUGACCCAGGGCUCUGGUUCUAUGCGAGUUCACGGCUGGAGAAUUAGCUCAUCAGGAUUCCAAAGGGUAGCGAUCAUUUUUCCUAAUGACUGUUUGCUAUCACAGUUCAGAGUCUUCCCAAGAGCAAGGAAUUCUGAAAGUAGUUGACCUUAGAUAAAUUAUAUCAGAACUGAUGAUAAAAUUGUUCUCAUGAUUCAGAAGCGUACUGAAUUUUUUCCCACUACCUCCAUGCCUCCCACUGCAGCUUUUCUCAGUGGACCUGUGAGUCCCUGUCGUUCACUUGGACCCGUGCCAAGCCAGACACUGCAUUGCCUCGUACUGAUGCUUCUGCACCAGCCCUCUGUCCACCAGGACUCCUGCCCCCAAAGAACCCGCAGAAACCUGUCUGCACGCCCGCUGCCCUCUCUUCCAAUCCAAUUCCAUUUUCUGCGUUUUGUAUGUAAAAAUAAGACCAGAUCUCCUGCCGCUGUAGAAACCAUAGCUAUUCACGUGUGCGUAAAAGAACACCACAAAAGAGGCGGUGAUCUGUUAACGUACAAACUUAGAUCCAAGCUAUGUCAUUGGAGCCAGACUAUGGGGAGAAAGCCCCUGAAAUUGGCGGCGAAUAUGGGGAAAAGGGGGCUGGUUGGGUGGGGAGAACGCUUCUGCAGA